CAAUGAAUUAUUUGAGUAUUGAAAAUAAACCUUAACCAACGAUUAACUAUUUACAUGGCCAAUCUUAUUUUUGCACGCGAUGUCUGUCCGAGAAAAUUUGAAUAUAAAUAUUGUACUACGUAAAUAAAUACGUUGAAUUUUGUUAUUUUAUGCGCAGUUUAGUAAUACGAUGUCUCCCAUGUGGGCGUAUUUGCUAGUUUUUUUUUUAUCGGUAAUACAUAAAGACGCGGCAAAACAGUCGUGUGAUGGCGAAUCUUUGAUGAAAAAUAACGACAAGUUGUCUAAGGAAGACGUUGAUAAUUUAAUAUCUAUUGACAAUCAGUCACAGAUUAAAAUGUGUUUGGUUGUGCUCGGAAAGGAACCGUUGGAAACGGGAAUUGCUGAACUAUUGUGGAGAGAUUUAGUGAAAGUUUAUACAACAGCCGAUGAUAUUCCUGAAGAUGAGCUACAGCUGUUAGGAUGGAUAUCAAUUGGAAUACCUGCUCAAGAUUUUAUGAAUUUGUCUUUGACGGAUAUCGACACGAUAGCAUCAUUCGGAAAAUGGAGAAACUAUUCUAAAGAACAGCUCAUGGCUUUAAAACAAGCGAUCGAAGACCAAUGGAGUUACAAGGGACCUUCCGAUUUGAGCAGUUAUGAUUUAACUGCUUUAGGUCAAGUUUUGUGCGUGUUCAACAAAUCAUAUAUAGCUGCGAUUAAACCAAUGGCAUACAAGGCUGCGGCGGCUGAUCUAUCGAAUCUCGUUAAUUGUCCCCGAGAGAUCGUGAAGGAAUUUGCCUUACUCGCCAUCAGCAAAGACGCGUUCGGCGACCCUUCGGGAUGGACUGCCAUACAGAUAGCACUAAUCGGGUGUGUAAUAGCGGGAUUGGACUCUGUACGUGAUAUUCAGCCCGACGCCUUUGAAGGGCUGUCCGCUUCCAACAUGCAAUGUUUGCCGAACGACGUACUACAAGCCAUGUCAACAGAACAGCUAUCGCAACUGUCAUUGUCUGCCGUUAACGCGCUUACGCAUGCACAGCGUUCGUCAUUAGAUCGCCAGCAGAUCGAAGCCAUCCAAGAAACGGCCAAUACACUGGGCGCAGUACUAAACGACGGGUGUUUCACGAGUCAUACGACUUGGCCGACAGUGACGUUGAUCAUCAUCGCACAUUUACAGUUAACGACAUUAAUAAUACCAUCAUAUUGUAGAUUAUAAUAUAUAUAAUAUAUUACGUAAAUUAUUUACGU